CCCACUGCCUCGUUUCCCUGUGAGCCGUGUUUUGCAUCUCUCCCUAAUUUGCAUUUCUCCUUUAGAUUUUCCGUGCGACGGUCUAGCCGCUCGAAAUCAUAGAAUAAGGCGUAGCACCGCAGCAAUAUCUACAUGCUCCCGGCAUUUCCAAAGCAAUACGCACGGCGGAACCCAUUGGAAAAUUUGAAUAAUGUUGCCGAAGCUUUCCGAAAGGUGAAAUUGAGGAAUAUAUUUGGAUCAAUCCGUUUGGUUGCGCACUAGAGGAGACACAUGCCUUCGAGGUAAACAGACAGCAGGACUGGACAGCCAGAUAGUAGCCUAGGUUAUAUUGUUUUUCUCCCGCGUUAUCAGCGGUUACAAGCUGUUAUAACGCCACAGUAGUGAUCCUAAGGUUGAGCAGAGCUUCAUAUUUUUUGUUUGUGUGCCUUGGUUGGUUAUUGAGACGCAGUUGGAAAUGUCGGAAGUACUACAAGACGAAAUGAGUCAUUAUGGAAAUGAGGACGAUGAGGGACACCUUUCCUUCACCUGUCGCCUCCAAGACACCAACAACUUCUUCAGCGGCUCGCAGGGGGGCAAACGCCCGCCCAAACUUGGACAGAUAGGCAGAAGCAAACGAGUCGUCGAGGAUGAGAGUGGCGUUGACGAGGCGCAGAAAAACGGGACAGAGACAACACAGACGGAGGCUUAAACACACCACCCCCGCCCCCCCCGAAAGACAUUGAUUCUCAUUUUCUAUUCGAAAUUAACUGUUUUAAACGAAAGACACUGUAUAUAAGCACUUUUAUCCCAUAUGGCAGCAAGCACUUCAAGACCCUCUCCCAGUCCUCAUGAUGGUGAUCUCCUGGGACUUAUACUGGCAGGAUGGGGGAAGCAGCCAAGACAGAGAUGGAGACGGAGACGGUGAUGGAUACACAUGCCCAGGUGAAUGCUGUCAUACCAGGGUUUACGGCCAUAGAGCUUGUCUAGAACAGGGAUGACCAGCCUUCUACCCAGAGAGCUACUGGGUGAGCAGCAGGCUUUUGCUUCAGCCCUACACAUUUUACACUAGUCAAUUAUUGGUCGUAGAUAACUCCUAAGCAGGUCGGCCGACAAAUGUAGCAGUCUGAAAGCUGUCUUUUCAUGGUCCUGGGUAGCAGCUAAUUCGUAGCAUUAGGUGUAUUAGAGUAGGGAUGGAUCAAAACCCUGGCGGAGGGGAUAGCUCUCAAGGAGGAGGGUCUAAACCAUGUGACCAGGAGAGGAUGCUGAUGGAGGAAGACUGCUGUCGAACAAACGCAGAAAUCAGGGAACAAACUCUAGAAAUGAUCUAAUAAACUAAAGCGCACACACACAAUCUUAUAUCAUUCGAACCAUGUGAUAUUACAUUACCAUUCUUUCUGCUCGUGAUUCUACUGAUGACGAGUGCAAUCAAAUAAAUAAUAUAAAUAACUUGUAAAUAAGAAAUGGUACAGAUGUAGGAUCUUAAUUUUAUCACCCUGUUGC